AUGUCGCUCCUUGAAAACUAUACCAAGGUCUGUGGGGACGAUACAUUUGGCCCUACCGUGCCGCGGAUAACAGAAUGCCGUGGCGGGUUCGAUUUCACAGUCACUUUUGAAGAAAGCAUAUUGUCUCUUGGCCCAGCAUGCCUGCUUCUCGUCAUUCUUCCGGGCAGGCUGCUAUCCCUCUGGGGACGGACAUGCAAGACCAAGGGAAGCUGGUUGCAUAAGACGAAGUUGAUUGGUCUCGCGGUUCUAGGUGCUCUACAAGCUGCUCUCUUGGCUUUCUUUUCGACAACUCAAGCUAGCUAUCGCACCAUACUCAUUUCUUCCGGAACGCUUCAACUAUGCGCCAGUAUCCUCCUCGCCGUGCUUUCCCAUUGGGAGCAUCGUAAUGCUGUUCGCCCAUCCUUUUUGAUAUCAGCCUUCCUGUUUCUGACAUCAAUCAUGGAUGCGGCUAGAGCUAGGACCCAAGCUCAAAUUGAAGGACAACACAUCGUGGCCAGUAUCCUAAUAGCAAUUGUUAUCGCAAAACUAGUACUGCUUCUGAUAGAGACCAAAGAGAAGACACGAAUUCUGCUACCUGAGUUCUCUGAAACGUCAUCAGAGCUCCGUAGUAGCCUCUUUACUCGUGCUUUUUUCAUCUGGCUGAUCCCUGUACUGUCUGCGGGAUUCAAGGGUGUCAUUUCUUCCGAAGACCUCCCAGCCAUCAACGAGAAAUUGUCCUCUGAGGCACUUACUGGUAAAGUUGAAUCAAGAUGGAAAAAAGACGUUCCAAAAGGGUCUUAUGCGCUGAUGUUCGAUGUUCUUCUCAGUUUCCCUAAAGAGUUCUCUAUCGUUCUCAUCUCAAAUGCUAUUCAGGUCGGACUACAGAUUUGCCAGCCAACCCUGACUCAAGAACUAGUCACGUUUCUGGAGUCGCCAACGACGCCUAUGAAUGUUGGGUACGGCCUUCUUGGGGGGUUCUUCUGUAUUUCAAUUUUGAACGCGUUGCUCGUCCCUUGGGGCUUUCAUUUCUCAAAUCGACUCAUGAUAAAAGCUCGUGGCGCACUUGUUCCCAUGAUCUACUCCAAACUGAUGCAAUGCAGUGGCAGCGACGUCAACCGAUCAACAGCUUUCACUUUGAUGACUACUGAUGUGGAGAAGAUUGUUGAUACAUGGUGGAGGCUUCUGGAUCCGUGGACCUGCCUCUUGAAAAUAAGCAUUGGCACCUACCUCCUCUAUCGCCAGCUUGGGGCCGUUUGUUGCGUUCCAAUAAUUGUCAUAUUCUUGACAUUUAUACUGGUCGCAACCGUAGGCCUCAAAGUUCCGAGACAUCAAAACUCUUGGUUUCAAGCCAUUGAAGGGAGAAUCAACCUUACAACUCACGCUCUAGGCUCUCUGCAGUCAGUCAAGCUUCUUGGACUAUCUAGUAAAAUGGAGGCAAAAAUUGAAAAGAAGCGGGAAGACGAGUUAAAAACUUCUCAAAAGUUCAGGAUCACUAACUGUCUCGCAUUGGCAUGUGUGCUAAUUUCAACUGCAGCCUAUGCCCCCCAAAUUCUGGGGCCUCUCAUCACCUUCGGGGCGUACUCGAUUAUGAGGAUGGUCUCACAUCAAACCAAGUUUCCAGUGGCAACAGCAGUCACCUGCCUUUCCAUCCUCAACCUUAUAUCAACUCCCGCAAUGCAGCUCCUCCUUGCUAUACCAAUGGGAGCGCAAUCAGUUGGAAGCUUUGCUAGAAUUCAAGCAUUCCUUCAACUUUCUGAAACCCCUGUCCUGACAACAACGACAACUAGCAGCUCCAAUGACACUAAUGUCAUUAUGACUCGAGAGAAGAGUGCUGAGCGCGAUGAAACACAUGCAACACAACAUCAUCCAGAACAGCCUUGUGGACAAGAUUCAAAGGGUAGCGGACCUGUCCCGAUCUUGAGUCCAAAUCUCUAUUUCACGCCAAAUUCUUUUACUGCAAUUACUGGACCAAUUGGUUGCGGCAAAUCCACAGUCCUCAAGGGCCUACUAUCAUCGAACGAAGGACAAGAAUCGUGUGCGCUCCCCUCUAGAGACAUAGCGUACUGUUCACAGACACCCUGGAUCUACGAGGGAACCAUUCGCGAUAACAUCAUUGGUCAGUCCGAGAUGGAUGAUCCAUGGUACCAGUCCGUGAUUCAGGGUUGCGAGCUCGACGUGGACAUAGGUCAGGCACCGGAGGGUGAUGCUGCUUCUGUUGGUAGCAGAGGAUCGAAAUUGAGUGGCGGACAGAGACAACGAAUUGCCAUUGCACGAGCUUUGUACUCCAAGAAAUCGCGUGUUAUUUUUGACGAUGUCACUAGCGCGCUUGAUGGCCACACACUAUCUGCUGUGGCAGACAAGAUCUUUGGCAGAACCGGUAUCCUUCGCUCGAAGGGUACGUCUGUAGUGCUAGCUACUCACGCGGUGCAGAUUCUGCAGUUAGCGGACAAGGUCUUGUUGAUGGGCAAAAACGGUGAAAUCAUCGACUCGGGCACAUAUGAUCAACUUUCCAAACGGCACCAAUCAUUCGUGCAGCGUCAGGUGUCGGACUCCCCAAAACAACUAUCAGAUUCAGAAACUUCAGAUGCAGGCACCAGACUUGAAUCUAGUGUGGGAGAAUACCAGACUCGGCUUCAGACCCGGGUUGCUGACCUGCGACGACAGAAAGGUGACUGGAGAUCAUACGGGUUCUAUAUCGGCUCGAUGGGGUGGCUCAAUUUCCUCAUAUUUGUGCUCAGUGCUAUUUUCUACGUUUUAUUCAAUGCCAUCUUUGGGGUCUGGCUCACCUGGUGGGCAGAAGAUACGACUGACAGCCACAGUCUAGGGUAUUGGCUAGGUCUGUACGCUACUUGGGCUGCGCUGAUCGCGCUGGGAUUGCUAUUUACACCAAUUUUCUUCUUCACCAAGUUGGCAUCCAAAGCAUCCAAGACCAUGCAUACAGAAUUGCUUGUGACCGCUAUGAGGGCUCCAAUGUCAACUAUUUCGAGCACGGAAGAUAUGGGUUCUUUAGUGAACAGGUUUAGCCAAGACAUUAGGUUGUGUGACUGGCAAUUGCCGUUCAACAUACUAUUGACUUUGUUUGCUCUUCUUGCGUGUCUCUCAAGUAUCGGCAUUGCAGUAGCAGCCGUCCCGUACAUGGCCGUAGGUGUACCGGUGCUUGGAGCCGUCCUGUAUCUUCUCCAACUAUUAUAUUUGCGCACUUCGAGACAGUUGCGGCUUCUUGAAAUCGAACUGAAGGCGCCGAUAGUAUCUUUGUUCCUCGAUACAAUUCAGGGAAUUACCACGAUUCACGCUUUUGGGUGGAGUCAGGCAUAUAUGCAGAAGAAUCUUUCUCUCCUGGACUCAUCACAGAAGCCCUACUACCUCCUUUUCUGUGUUCAGCGGUGGCUAAUCCUUGUACUUGCACUCAUGGUGACAGGCAUUGAAGCAGUCGUCAUCGGACUGGCCAUCGCUCUACGAACAAAGGUCAGCGCCGGUUUGGUAGGCCUGGCCGUUGUCCAAGUUACGUCGCUAACAAAAGGCCUGAGCGAUCUUGUCAUGCAGUGGACCGAGAUGGAGACGUCUCUAGGAGCCGUGUCGCGUACCUACAGAUUCAGCCACGAUACACCGCGAGAGGAUCACUUUGGCGAAGGAACAACUACGCUUCCUGUUGAGUGGCCUUCAGGUGGCAGUAUCACUUUCGAGGGCGUCAGUGCGACCUAUGACCAACAAACGCAAAAUAACUCAAGUCUAGCCUUGAGUAAUAUUACGUUCGCUGUCAAAUCUGGUGAGCGUGUAGGGAUUUGCGGGAGGACGGGCAGCGGUAAAAGCAGUCUCUUGGCUGCUCUAUUACGCCUGCUGCCAUGCCACCAAGGACGAAUACUCAUCGACGGUGUCGUUAUUUCGAACAUGGACCCCGAGAUGAUUCGCUCCAAGCUCAAUUGCGUGACUCAAGAACCUUUUCUCCUGGAUGAAACGAUACGGGAGAAUCUGGGCCCCUGGGGCGCCCAAGUGCCAGACGAUGAGAUGAUCCAGGCCCUGAAGCAAGUCGACUUGUGGAGCAAAGUCGAAUCACUCGGCGGACUAAAUGCUCAACUGGAGGGUGAUUUACUCUCACAUGGCCAAAGGCAACUCUUCUGCCUCGCCCGCGCACUAUUACGGAAGAGCAGCGUGCUAAUACUGGACGAGCCAACAGGCCAUAUCGACCCCGCAACGGAUGCUACGAUUCAGCGACUCAUCAGAGAAGGGUUCCCAGGCCGAACGAUCAUCAUGAUCGCUCAUCGCUUGCAAAGCCUGGUCGAAUUUGACACAGUCAUGGUGCUUGAUAAAGGCCGUCUCAUUGAGAUCGGAGAGCCCAAAACCUUGCUUAGUGACUCCGCUUCAUCAUUUAGCGCACUUUUCCGUGCGGGUGGAAGCGAGAGCUAA